AUGAGCACGCCUCAAAACCCCUUUGCCAGCCCGGGCGACAGCCGCCAGAGCUCGCGCAGCCAUCUCGGCCGGCCAGACUCGUCGAGCUCGUUGCCGUGGCAGGGCUCGCCGCGACACUCGGCCGACGGCGGCAGGCCCGGCACAACUACGCCUUACACGUACAACAGCGUCGUGCACGGCGCGGGUACGCCCGUCCCGACCCAGAAGCGCAGGUUCAAGAGCUACCGCCUGCGCGAGGACUAUGCCAAGCCGUGGCUAGAGGACAAGGACAUGAAGAAGACGAGGUGGAACAAUGUCAUUGUCGGCACCAUGCUCCUGCUGGGGUUUGCCGGCGCCGGUGUCGUAGUCUAUUUCAUGUCUAAACCAUAUGUCCAAAAGGAUUACUGUCUCGUUUACGAGGACAAUUUUCAAACACUCGACAAGAGCGUCUGGUCGCACGAGGUGCAGCUCGACGGCUUCGGCAACCACGCCUUUGACUGGACGACGACGGAUGCGCGCAACUCGUACGUCGACGGCGACGGCCUGCACAUUGUGCCGACGCUCACGACGGAGACGACCAGCAUCACCGCCGACCAAAUGUACGCCAACUACACGCUCAGCCUCGACGCCGACAAGUCGUGCACCGGCGCCUUCAACACGUCGGCGUGCGUGCUGCGCUCCGACCCAAAAAAGGGCCUCUUUGUGCCGCCCGUCCGCUCCGCGCGCCUCACCACAAAGGGCACCCGCAGCAUCCGCUACGGCAUGGUCGAGGUCGUCGCGCGCUUGCCCAAGGGUGACUGGCUCUGGCCCGCCAUCUGGAUGAUGCCCGAGGGCGACGUCUACGGCGCGUGGCCGCGCUCCGGCGAGAUUGACAUUAUGGAGUCGCGCGGCAACGGGCCAGAGUACAGCGAAGGAGGGCGCAACUGGUACUACGGCACGCUGCACUGGGGGCCGACGCCCAGGAGCGACGCGUACUGGAAGACGACGCUGGCGAAAAAGGUGCGCCGCGGCGCGUACUCGGACCGCCUGCACACGUUUGGCAUACAGUGGACGCCGAAUUACAUUUAUUUCUACAUUGACUCCAAGAUUCACCAGAUUCUGUUUAUUGGGUUUGAAAAAAGGGAGCCGCUGUAUGAAAAGGGCGGCUUUGCGGAGCAAAAGUCGGAAAACGACACGCUGCUCGACAAUCCCUGGCAAGGGUCCAACUCGACGACGGGCAGCGCGCCGUUUGACCAGCCGUUUUACCUCAUACUAAACGUGGCCGUUGGCGGCACAAACGGCUUCUUUCUCGAUAAUGUCGGCGAGAAACCCUGGAUCAAUGGCGCGACCAAUGCGCGCUGGUCGUUUUGGGAGGCUCGUGAUAAGUGGCUGCCGACGUGGGGGGAGGGCGACCAGCGCGGCAUGACGGUGCGCUCCGUCAAGAUGUGGCAGUUGGGUGCUUGUGGCGCCAAGCAGGAGUUGUAG